AUGUCUUUCUCUUCUGAAAAGCGCCCUGUUAGGGUGGCCAAUUGCUCCGGCUAUCAUGGCGAUCCAGCGUAUGAAAUGUACCGACAGGCCACAUUUGGUGAUGUUGAUUUUAUCACCGGGGAUUAUCUCGCAGAAGUCAACCUGGCCAAUAACGCUCAGGCCUGGCGGAAUGGAAAGCACCCCGGAUAUGAAGCAACUGCCUGGGAAGGGCUUCGACAGACGAUUGAUGUGAUUGCACAGAAGCGUAUUCGAGUGGUGAUUAACGGUGGCGCUUUGGAUCCUAAAGCUCUUGCACUGAAGACCCAAGCUUUGGUUUCUGAUAGGAAUUUGGAUCUCCGCGUGGCAUAUCUACUUGGAGAUGACCUAUAUUCUCGCGUUGGACCAAACAUGCCUACCACGAAAGAAGAACUGACUCAUCUUGACUCUGGGAAUCCUGACGUGGUACCGUCGGAAUUAACCUACGCAUUUUUGAAUCCAGCCGAGAAAGCAGUUCCCAUGGUAUCUGCACAUGCAUACUUGGGAGCCCGUGGCAUUGUGGAUGGCCUGCGCCGGGGCGCCGACAUCAUUAUUUGUGGCCGAGUUGCCGACGCCAGCCCUGUUAUAGCAGCAGCCUGGUAUUGGCAUGACUGGUCGGAGACGGACUACGACAAUCUUGCCGGAUCACUCAUCGCCGGCCAUUUGAUUGAAUGUUCUGCAUAUGUAACGGGCGCCAACUUUGCUGGAUUUGAUAGAUAUGCACUAGAUGACCUCGUCGCUCCAGGGUUUCCCAUCGCUGAGAUUGCCGCAGACGGCACUUGUGUUAUCACAAAGCACCCAGGUACGCCAGGUAUCGUGAAUGCAGAGACUGUCUGCUGCCAGUUCCUGUAUGAACUCCAGGGAACGACCUAUCUCAAUAGUGAUGUGAGCGCUUCUAUCGCUGAUGUGACUAUUAAAGAGGAGGCCAAAGAUCGGGUACGUGUAGCUGGGAUUCGUGGAGGUCCACCACCCUCCACCACUAAGCUUGCCGUCUUCUAUCAAGGAGGAUACGAGGCCCAGCUGUUGUUCAAUGCUACCGGGUUUGCCACCGAGAAAAAGUGGGAUCUUCUCGAACGGCAAAUCCGCCAUUUUCUCCCAGAAGAAGCGAGGCAGAACCUGGAGACCUUGGAAUUCCAGAGAAUCGGAACACCUGCACCAAAUCCAGUGUGUCAGAGUGAAAGCACAACCUAUCUUCGAAUAUUCGUGGCCUCCCGCUCCGAGAACGCUGUUCUGGCUGUAGCCAAGGCCAUGCAAGAAAUAUCCCUCAAGCAUUUUUCCGGCUUUCAUGCAUCGCUGGAUGCUCGGACAGCGAUACCGCGGCCAUUCCUUGCUUACUAUCCAGCACUGAUCAAACAGGCCGACAUUGACGAAACAAUCAACUUGAUCAACGAUGCUGAUGACAUCCGCUCGUACGACACCGGUCACCCACAACACUACCAAGACCUGGUUUUGCGGGAGAACUACGACCCGGAUUGCCAUGUCUUCACCGGGCCGACCAAGCAACUUCGCCUGGGCGAGAUUGCUCUGGGCCGAUCCGGCGACAAGGGGGGAAAUUUGAACUGUGGGAUUUUUGUCACCAACCCCAACCACUGGCCAUGGCUGCGAUCGUAUAUGACGAAAGACCGGAUGCGCCAACUCAUCGGGAACGACUGGCAGGACAGUUUUUAUCUCGAACGGGUCGAGUUCCCAAACAUCAUGGCUGUACAUUUUGUCAUUUAUGGGAUUCUUGGACGGGGGGUCAGUAGUAGUAGUCGGCUGGAUGGGUUUGGAAAGGGGUUUGUGGAUUAUAUCCGAGACAAGGUAGUGGAUGUUCCGGUGAGAUUUUAG